AUGGAAAUAUCACCAAACGAUGGUGAUGUGGAGGACCUCUAUGCCGCCUUUGAACCGGAGUUAGACAGCGCAUUCGCCCCGCCCUCGCGUCACUUUGGCGCUCCCCCGUCGCAGGGCGGCGGUCCUGCUCCUGUUGGUGGUGGCGACGCCGGCGUUUCGAACCCGCUGAUGCAGGCGCCGCCGUCGAAAUGGGGCACGACGAGCAUCGGCUCUGCGUGGGGCGUGCCGGGCAGCCGUCUCGGUACAAUCGGCGGCAGUGUCGGCGCCGCCCGCCCGAUGACCUCCAACCGCGGCGUUGGCUUUAACGCCGCGUCGACGCGCUUCAACAAUGGCGUCGUCUUUGACCCCACUGGGCAGGGGCGUACGGCAAUGGCGAUGGGGCCCGCACCGCCGCUGAAGAAACGCGGCGAGAACAGCCCGGAGGAGCAGUGUGUGGAGAUUGAAAAACUCACACACAAGCUUGUCGAGGAGAGUGCCAUGCUAGCGCUGCAGAAGGAUUACGGCGGGGNGGCGCUAGAGAAGGCGAAGGAGGCAGGGAAGAAGGAGCGAUAUCUCUGCAAGCAGCGCGAGCAACUGGGUCUCGCCGACCAGAUCAACGCCGAUCUCACGUAUGCUGUGCACUUCAACCUUGCGGUGCAAUACCAGAACCACCAACUGUACACCGAGGCACUCAACACGUACAACCUCAUCGUUCGUAACCUGCAGUUCCCGCAGGCCUCUCGGCUGCGCGCCAACAUGGGGAACAUUUACGCCGCGCAGGGAAAGUACCUGCUCGCCAUUAAGAUGUACCGCAUGACGUUGGAUGAGACACCCGCCGCGUCGAAGGAGCUGCGCUACAAGCUGAUGCGGAACAUUGGUAAUGCCUUUGUGAAACUGGGCCAGUACCGCGACGCCGUCAGCAGCUACGAGGCCAUCAUGGAGGGCGGCGGUGACAUCAAUGCGGGAUUCAACCUCCUCCUUUGUUACUACGCCCUGGGUGAGCCGGAGAAGAUGAAGCGAACAUUCCAAAAGUUGCUAAACUGCAAGACGCAUGGUGGAGAUGAGGAGGAGGAGAAUGAGGAGGAGGAGAAGGAUGUUCUUGUUGAUGAUGCCUUGCAUAAAAAGGUCAAGGAGGAUCGGUCUCAUUUCCUAAACUGCAUUAUGACAGCGGCGCGCCUCAUAGCCCCGAUUAUUGACAAGGACUGGCGCGCGGGGUAUGACUACCUGAUCGAACGCCUCCGCCACUACGAGAUGCGUGACUCAUCCUCGCAUGUGGCAAGUGAGUUAGAGAUGUGCAAAUGCCUUUAUUACCUGAAGCAUAAGAGCUACAAGGAGGCGAUUGACGGCCUCAAGGCCUUUGAAAAGAAAGACAGGCUGCUGCGAGCCCGUGCGGCGACAAAUCUGGCAUACCUGUACUUUCUUGAGGGCGACCACGACAGCGGUGAGAAGUACAGUGACAUGAGCAUCGAGGCCAACCGCUACAAUGCCAGGGCACUCGUUAACAAGGGCAACUUUCUCUUCAUGAAGUCAGACUAUGAAAAGGCCCGCAACUAUUACAAUGACGCGCUGGCAAUUGAAGCAGAUAACAUUGAGGCCAUCUACAACCUUGGACUCACCGCAAAGCGGCUAGGCCUGUACGAGGAGGCGCUGAAGAUGUUCAAGCGAGUGCAGUCGUUGGUUGACAGCCACGAGGUGAUGUACCAAAUUGCCGACAUCAACGACCUCGUGAGUAACCCGAACACGUUGGAGUGGUUCAACCGUCUCAUUGGGCGUGUACCGACAGAUCCGAAUAUAUUGGCGCGGAUGGGCUCCCUUUACGCCCGCGAAGGGGACGACAGCCAGGGAUUCCACUACUACCUGGAGGCGUACCGCUAUUACCAGGUGAACAUGGACGUCAUCUCAUGGUUGGGCGCCUAUUUUGUAAAGAACGAGGUGUACGACAAGGCGAUCCAGUUCUUUGAGCGUGCCUCGCAGAUCCAGCCGCAGGAGGUCAAGUGGCAGCUGAUGGUGGCGUCAUGCCACCGGCGUCGCGGGGACUACGUCCAGGCCAAGCGAUUGUACGAGACGCUGCAUCGCAAGUACCCAGAGAAUAUGGAAUGCCUGCGCUACCUGGUCCACCUGUGUAAAGAUGCUGGCCUUGUCGACGAGGCCAAUGAGUGGUUUAAGAAGAUCAAGAAGUUAGAGCAACGCCAGGAGGAGGAGGCGGAAGGCACAGGUGGAGGGGGCGACGACGAGGACGACGCCAAGAACGCACCCCACGCAACAGCGGGACGUCGCGCCGUCGGUGGUACGGCUGGUAGGAUGGGCGAGACUGCGAAGGACGAUGAUGAUGAUGACGACGAUGAAAAAUCCCCCUUUGUGGCGCCCAAAGCGAAGACAAAUCAAGAGAAUGAUGACGAGAUUGAGCUUCCAGGUAUUUGA